GUUCCUCCGCCUUGCUCGUCUCCUCGGCAACGGGCAGAACUCCGCCUUUAGACUCCAGUGUAGAUAGUCGCUCCGCGUCCGCGCGUCUUUCCACCAUGGUUUUCCGCUUAGCUAGCUCGUCUGAGUCUCUCUCUAGCCCGUCAGAUACCUCUACACAACCCAGAAGGCCUUCCGUCAAAUGGGACUUGGGAUCGGAUUACGAGGCCGUUACCAAGGAGACUACCGCUUCGAGCUCGGACUUCCGGCGCGAGAGACUAGACAGCCAGCCGGAUUUUGGCCUCUACAGCCAACCGCAGAUCAACUUCCUGCGGCCGCGGUCCCCAAUCCCCAAGUUGUUAUUCAGUUUAAUGAAUACCAGUGAUGCAAAUGUGCAGAAGAUGUUACCCAAGAGCCACUUAUCUCGGGUGAUCAUUCGUGACAACCUCAAUGCACAGCGCAUCUAUGAGAUGGAGAUGAAAGCCUCUGACAAGACCAAGAGGAAGAUGAGCUUCUUGUAUGACCACCUGAAAAAGAAGUUCAUGACGGACCAGCUGAGAAAGAUGUUGCGCUGGAGGCGGGAGUCCCAUAACACCCAGCAGUACUUGAAUAGAGAAAGGGCCUGAAGACGCUCAAGAUGGCGAGCCAACCACCGUGAACCGUGGCAGAAUGAUCUGCCCCAAGAACACAAAUCCACCCUGGUGAGAGUGGAGGAGCCCCAGAGUAUGCUGGUCUCCACCAUGGUAGAGCAAUAAAAGGAAAGCGGCGGAUAGGAUAGGAGCGCAAAACACA